CCCCGCUGGCAAUGGGGGUGCUCCUGGGGGAAAUCUUUGCAGGCACAGAGCAGCUGGAGGCCAAGGCAUCCCCUCGCAUCAUCAAGACCCACAUCCCAGCUUGCAUCUUGCCGAAAACCUUCUGGGACAACCGCUGCAAGAUGAUCUACGUGGGACGCAACGCCAAGGACGUGGCCGUCUACUUCUACCACUUUGACCUGAUGAACAAGUUCGAGCCGCACCCCGGGACAUGGACCCGGUACCUGGAGGAGUUCAUGGCCGGCAGAGUGGCAUACGGCUCCUGGUAUGACCACGUCAAGGAUUACUGGGAGCGGAGGAAGGAUCACCCCAUCCUCUACCUCUUCUACGAGGACCUGAAGGAGGACCUCCGCCGGGAGAUUGCCAAGGUGGCCCAGUUCCUGGGGCGGGAGCUGCCGGAGGCGGUGCUGGACGCCAUCACACGACACACGUCCUUCGAGGCCAUGCGGGACAACCCCACCACCAACUACAGCAUGGUGCCCUCCCACCUCAUGGACCAGGGCGUCUCCCCCUUCAUGCGCAAAGGCACCACCGGGGACUGGAAGAACCACUUCACCGUGGCCCAGAACGAGCGCUUCGACCAGGACUACGCGCAGAAGAUGUCGGGCACCGACCUGCGCUUCCGCACCGAGAUUUGAGCCCGCACCAUUGCACGCCCCCCCACCCCCC